CAGCUUUGAUUGGCCCAACUUUUGCGGCCAGGAGACCAGCUCACCCUGCCUCACCCACCUUGUCUCUGGCCUGGCUCUUUAAGAGAUUGUGGGGCAGCAGAUUGUGGGCCCAGGUAAAGUGGGAGGCUCCCGUCUUCCCCCUCCCCCUCCCACUUCCCCUCCCUCCUGCCUUCUCCGUUCCUUUGUAUGUCAUUGGGGAUUAGCAGCUGGGGCCCGGCCAGCUCGGCAGCGCCUAGCAAUCCGCUGCGCACGGCCGGACGCAGAGUCACAGAGACCACAAAUAAACGAAGAGGGGACGAAUCUUGAGUUAUUUUUUUUCUGGUCUAAUGAGCCUCCCACCCCCUUUCUAGCCUGGGCGGGAAGAAGGCGAAGAUCCAUCUCCCGGGCCUCUGCAGGCGCUAGGACUUCCUGGAGCGAAGCCGGCCGCCUGGGAAGCGCCGCUGGGAGCCUUCGGCUGCUGGGAGGAGCCGCGGGGCACCAUGAAGGAUCGGCUGGAGCAGCUCAAAGCCAAGCAGGACCAGGAUGACGAUGCUGACGAUGUGGAGAUUGCCAUCGAGAACACGGGGUUCAUGGACGAGUUCUUCUCUGAGAUUGAAGAAACCCGACAAAAUAUUGAGAAAAUUGCAGAGAAUGUGGAGGGGGCAAAAAAGCUGUACAGUAUCAUCCUGUCCGCCCCCAUCCCUGAGCAAAAGACAAAAGAUGACCUGGAGCAGCUCACGGCAGAGAUCAAGAAAAUAGCCAACAGCGUCCGAAACAAGCUUAAGAGCAUGGAGCGGAGCAUCGAGCAGGAUGAGGUCCAGUCGUCAGCAGAUCUGCGGAUACGGAAAUCCCAGCAUUCUGUUCUCUCCCGGAAGUUUGUCGAUGUGAUGACCAAGUACAACGAGGCACAAGUUGACUUCCGGGAACGGAGCAAAGGGCGGAUCCAGCGGCAGCUCGAGAUUACUGGGAAGAAUACGACAGAUGAGGAGCUGGAGGAGAUGCUAGAGAGUGGAAACCCCUCAAUAUUCACAUCUGGGAUCAUGGAUUCACAGAUCUCGAAGCAGGCGCUGAGUGAGAUUGAGGGGCGGCACAGGGACAUUGUGCAACUUGAGAGCAGCAUCAAGGAGCUUCACGACAUGUUCGUGGACAUUGCCAUGCUGGUGGAAAACCAGGGUGGGGUCCUAGAUAACAUAGAGCUGAACAUGAUGCAUGCGGUAGACCACAUAGAGAGAGCGCGCGAUGAGACCAAAAAGGCUCUGGUAUACAAGAAAAAGGCACACAAGGGCUCAAGUAAAGCUAGCCCCCAGGGUUGCUGGCUCCAAACUACACUCCUGAUCUUGGUGGUGAGCUUUUUCCCUCGUGAUCCUCCUCGUGUCCCACACGCCGACCUCCUGCUCCCUCUGCCUUUCCUGGACCUGCUAAUCACAGCCUGCCCUCUGGGCUCUGCUGUGAAUAUUUCCCUUUGGGUGGAGCUUUUCCUAAUAGCACUUUCUGGGAGAGCUGGCAGCCCAUUCAUCAGCUAGCUGACGCAUCCCUCCUGGAGGAUCUGAGCUUGCUUUGCCAUGUCCAGGAGGUAACUGUCUCCUGCAACACUGAUGCACUUGAGAGAAGCCGCCAUCAAGCCUUCCUCUUCUCCCCUCCUCUCCAAGUCCACAACCACCAACCCCAGUUCCUCCUCCUGAUGUCAUUUCCUGUUUCGGUCAGUUUUUGUUUCCUGGCGGGAUUCUCACCAAUGAUAGCAGAGCCUUAAAGGAAUGUCCAGGACUGUGUUUCCUACCUCACUAGCCUGUCUUGUUUUCAUCUUUCUUAGUGGGAAUUUUUUAAUUGUUUAAAAUCUUUAUUGAGGGAGGCCAGGGAAUGUAAGAACUACCCCUCUGAAUUGCUCCAGCCAGGUCAGGGAGUGAGAGAUCAGGGCUUGGGAGCUCACCUGGAUCGGCCGUGUGGCAUAUCGGACACUAACUGAGGCUGGACUCUGCAGUGCUCCCAGGACCUGCCAACCCCAAGGAGAGUGAGCAGAUGGACCUGAUCUUGAGUCUCCUGUGUAGCAAUGCACUAAACCCAUGGCACCGGAAUCAGCAGCGCUCCCAAGCUUUGUUGACACCAGGAUUAACAAGGGAUGUAGGUCAAACCAACAGGGACAGACUUGGCAGGGUCCUCAACUUUGCCAACCACAGAAUUAGGGAUGGGAUGUGGAAGCAAAGCACAGCAGGACAUGUGGGCACUGACCUCAGUGCACUAGGUGGGAUGGGUGACAAGGCAGAGACUGACACCUGGCUCUGCAGCAGAGCGCUGGGACGCAUGAGCACUCUGAGCUCAGUGCAGAGUAAGAGCCCAGUGGAGCAUGGGCUGCUUCUCUUAUUAAUCCCUUCCUGAAGGGCGGGUGCCUGUGUAUGGAAGGAGUUGCCUGAAAGUCCUGUCUUGUGUGAUUCCCUGUUUGCUAAGACCUGGGAGGAAUCAAAUCCUCUGUUUGCUUUGAAGUGUGAACCUUUGCAACUGGAGUUUCCACCUACUUGUUUGUUCUAAGCACAAAAAUAAUCCAGUUGGCUUCUGGAACCCAAUCCAAAGCCCGGGCUCUGAUACUUCCUGUGGUUGGUUUGCAGGGCUGGGGCUCUUGGAAACUUUAGGUUGGGUGACAUAUUUUGUUAAAUAGUGAUCAGUGACUCCUGGGCCAGGAAUCUUAGCACCAACCUUGUCUGAUCCUUGCUGGGGGCUUCUCCUUUGGUUAUGGGACCAGUGGGUAUAGUUGCCCACUUCUGCUGGGGAUAUGAUUUGAGAGAGAGAGAGAGAGUGUGUGUGUUUGAUGGGCUGUUUACUCAGGGCUUGUUUUCAUGUAUGUCGUUUUAAAUGUGACUGGAUCAGGAGUCCUUGUGUGUAUUUAUUCUUACCAGCCAGUUCCUGAAUGUCUGCAUUUGUCACAGAAAUCAGGGUGGCCUGUUUUUACUGGUGUGAUGUGGGUUUGGGUGUGAUCCAUCCAAGUCAGGCAUGACCAACAGCUGUAGCUGUAUGACAGCCAUUUGAUGGCCUUGGUAGGAAAGGGGGAUUAGGGUCUUGGGCCGCGUUCCCAGUGAACAGAUCUCUGGAUCACAGAAAUACACAUCACACCAAUCAGGCUCCCUGCUUGGAAGCCUCAGAAGAGAAGCUAAGGACUGAAUCAGUGGUGAUCUUCCCGGGGCAGAGGGGUGGGGGAAGCCUACCCAUGUUGUGCCUGCUCUGAGGAUAAACAAGGCCCAAGGGCUAUACUAAAUCCACUUGACAAAUGUCCUCUCCCCUUGUUGAAGGAUACGGGGUGACAGCACUUGUUAGUCAGAAUGAGGGAUUCUUGUCCGUGAAGGAAGCUAAACUCCCUGCUCUAGCAGCAUCUGGCUGGUCCAGGUGCACACUUCCAGCCCCACCUUCCUUCCUGGUGUUCUAGGGGCUGCACAUCUCUUAGACCUACUCAGCACUCACCAGCUUGAUGCCCCAUGACCCAGUCUCCUGAUGUAAGACUGCACUUGGCCAUUACCCCUUGGUGAACAGACGGAGCUGGGAGGAAGUUCAUAUUUGUCUUCUUAUCUAGGUCUUGAUGUCUGUGAUUUUCUAGGUAGUGGGUAUGGAGCAUGCUGCCCGGGCAAGGUUGCCAAUGCAGCCCUGAGAUGCCCCUGAAACUCCCCAGAGCUCUGUAGACAGGGGAAAUGUCAUUGUUUCACCAAGUGAGGGUAUUAGCUUGUGUGUCUUUAUUUUUAACUUUGAUUUAUUUUUAAUUUAAAAAAGUAAAUAAAUUUACAUUUAAUCAUGAA